UGCAUUGUAAGUAGCUCCGAGAGCAGCAAGUGGUGGCUGUUUUUCAGCCUGUUUUUGUUUUCCAGAGGAGGCGGAGAACACAAAGAAGAAGAAGAGGGAGAAGGAGCAGGCAGAAGAGCACUGAUUUGAAAUGUGUGAGCUGCUUUUAAAGUAAAAGAGAAGCAAGAAGCUGAAGGAGGAGAAGGGAGGAAAGAAGCCGGGAGGAACACAAGGCAGCAAUGGAUAGCAGAGUGGCUCAGUCUGACCCUGGGAUGGCCUGGAUUCACACACUGCUGCUGGCCACCAUCCAGCACACACACUAGGCUGCUAACGCCAAUGAGCUCCCAUGUGUCCGUUCAGCCAUGCUCCCUGGUUAUGGAUUCUCACCUUUUCCUGAUUUCCAGCCCCACCGUCACGCUUUUCACUGCCGUGGAGAAAGUCCCAGCAUGUGGAUCCCUGGCUCAGGAGACCCCCAGGCUCUGAGCGAGGCCCAGGAGGACAGACCGCUUCUCCACCCGUGUCACCACAAGCAUGUCGCCGUGUGCCAGCAGGAGACGUUGGCUUUUAUUGAGAUACAACCAACAGUGACGCCGAAAAUAAAUGGACUUGGCUCUGGGAGACAAACUGUUAUUCCGGAGACACAAUGCACGUCACAAUCUCUGCCCCUGAAUGGAUUCAGACACACUCUAAAUGAACUGAAUGACAUUCAGAGGAGCUCCCACAGGACAGACAAUGAGCAUGUGACAACUUUGAAUUUGAACUCUCAUACACCUGUGGGUGACGGUGAGCUUGAAUGCCAUAACGGCAUCAGGACUUCUCCACAGGAGCAAACUGAAAAGCCACGUUGUGUCACAACAGUGUGCCGACCCCUCCAUGCAGCUCUUAGCCUCCCUCUGUCGUUCCCUCUUUCCUCUUUAUACACUAACAGAGACUCCUGGGAAUCUCAGGCACCUUGCUCCCCAUCUUCACCUGAAGGUCUGGGUUUUCAGAGCCCUGAUUCCUUUCAGCCUCAGAGGAGGACGUCACAUGGUUCAAUCAAAGAGAAAUCUAUCCGGCGUAAGAUGCAGGUUUAUUCUCCAGACAGCCUGAGCGAUGACUCUCUCAGCAGUCCAAUCCUGGACCCAGACUUCAUCUUCCCAGGACCCUUUGCAUCUUUCCUUGAGGAGGACCUCAGUGGAUUAUCCUCCCUGGAAGCCAUGUCCAGUGCUUCAUCCACAGACGGUGUUACUGAUCUCUCAAACCUUAGUCACGAUGAUAUUUUUAAUCUACCAGAAGAACCACUACAGAUUAUAGAGGACUCACUUCCAGGUGUGGGAGAAGACAGCGGGACUGUAGAGACAUUAAGCGCCACAGGAGGGAGCUUUUUAUCACGAAACCGCCCAGGAGAUCAGGAGCGGCGGCGCUUCUCUGCUUCAGAACUGAUAUCCAGACUGCAGCUGUCUCAAAGGAAGAACUCCUUCACCUUAAAGCUGGGGAAGUCGCUGUCAGCUCGGGUAGCAUCCCGGGACAGACAGAGCUCCAACUACUUCAGUCCCAACCUAGACUACAAGUCAAAUUCCAAGCACCGCAGCUCAGGAGGCUCUAGUGAUAGCGCCCCCCACAGUCCUGUUGGACCUGCACCUUCUCUACCACCCAACAGUGACAAUGGCAUGCCUUUACAUCGGUGGAGCACAAAACUCGGAAUGAGAAAAAAAUCCAUAGAGGAAGACUCAGGCUCCAUUCCAACUGUGGCUAAUUCAAAUCGCUUGUCAAGGUUUUUGCCGAGCUCCAUUUUGUACCAGGAGUACAGCGACGUUGCCAUCAACAGAGAGAUCCAGAGGCAGCAGGGGAAGGAGCCAGGCACAGAGGAGGAGGGGCUCAGAGACGAGGGGUCAGACGGGACGCCGUCUCCCUCUAAUCUGUCUCCAUCCAGCUCAUUCCGCUCAUCACGAGGCUCUGCCUUUGCACUUUGGCAGGACAUCCCUGAUGUUCGAAGCAGCGGACAGCUCGACAACUUUAGCAAUGAGGAAAGGAAGUUACAAGAGGCAAAGUUUGAGCUGGUGACGUCAGAGGCCUCAUACAUCCGCAGUCUGACCAUUGCAGUCGACCACUUCAUGCUGUCCCAGGAGCUCACAGAGUGUCUUGGAGCUCAGCAUAAGCAGUGGCUCUUCUCCAAGCUUCCUGAAGUCAAAGAUGUCAGUGAGAGGUUUCUUCAGGACCUGGAGCGGCGGCUGGAGGAAGACAUUCUGCGUUUUGAUGUGUGCGACAUUGUCCUGGAUCACUGCCCGGCACUGCGAAGAGUUUAUUUACCUUAUGUAACCAACCAGGCUUAUCAGGAGCAGACAUAUCAGCGUUUAUUGCACGAGAACCCUCGUUUCCCCGGCAUCCUGGCUCGUUUGGAGGAGGACCCCGUCUGCCAAAGACUUCCUCUGACCUCUUUUCUAAUCCUCCCGUUCCAGAGGAUCACACGGCUUAAAAUGCUGGUGGAGAAUAUCUUAAAGAGAACAACACCCGGCUCACGAGAUGAAGACACUGCCACGAAAGCUUUCAAUGAGCUGAAAAAGAUCAUCAAAGAAUGUAACUCCAGUGUGCAGUCUAUGAAGAGGAUGGAGGAACUCAUUCACCUCAACAAGAAAAUUCAUUUUGAGGGAAAGAUCUUUCCUCUGAUCUCGCAGUCUCGCUGGCUGGUGAAACACGGUGAACUCCUGGAGGUGGACACUCAGAUGAUGAGCAUUUCUGGAUCGAAGCUCAAGUUACCCACCAAACCUGUGUACCUUCACCUGUUCAAUGACUGUCUGCUGCUCUCACGGAGGAAGGACACAUGGAAGUUCCUGGUGUUUGUACAUGCCAAGAUCGGAGAGCUGAAAGUGAAGGAUCUCAGUCAGAAACUGCAGGGAAUCUCAGGCUACAUUUUCCACCUACAGCUGUGUGAAGGCCAGCAACUCAAACACCAGAUCCUGCUGAAGUCACACACUGAGAGUGGGAAGCAGAGAUGGAUCACUGCCAUGUUUCCGUCUAAUCCACUGGAGGACAUUGAGCAGGCCAGUGAGAGUGAUGAUAUAUUACAGGUUCAGUGCAUCAAAAGCUACCAGGCUCAGGAGCACGAUGAGUUAACACUGGAGAAAGCAGACAUCCUUCACGCUAAGACCAUCACAAGUGACGGCUGGGUGGAGGGCAUCAGGCUGUCUGAUGGGGAGCGGGGCUGGUUCCCCAAAACCUACGUGGAGGAAAUCACGAGUCGCAGCGCACGCCUCCGAAACCUCAGAGAAAAUAUCCGCAUCAAAUGUGUCACACAGAAACUGGAGGGUGAAGACUGAUCGUUUUUACUGCAACUUGUCAUGUUUCAAAGGUGCAUUUCAGUUACUAAGAUUCAGUUUUGAAGCUCCUGGCUGAUUGUUUUUGCUUUGAUGGAUGUGGGACCUACUGUGUGUUUGGUAUGGAGGUGCUAAAAGAAGCCUAGCAUGGAUGCUAAACCGUGUAGCAUCGUUUUCCUUUAGCAUGCCAGCUGUAAAGUUUUGCAUGCUCCUUUUUAUUGAAGACUUUUAUGAGAUAAAAGUCUGUCAACAUAAGUUCAUAUUGGGGCACUUUUUUAACCCUUUAGCCCAGAAAUAUUCCCAUCUUUUUGAGGUCUGUUAUUCUUUUCAGCUGCAACUCAUGAAGAAAAGAUUUUAGCAACACUUUGCAAGAAGGUACACAGAAAUAGGCAUAGUCACAAGGUAGCAAAUGAGUAAACACCUGCUAGUCAACCAGAAAAUUAAUAAAAUCUGCAAUAUAAAUCAAUGCCACAAAUAAGCCAAAGAAAGGUAAGAUUAACAGUCUUCCUACACGACAGUUUUCAUUUCCUCCAGCAAAGUCUACAUUGUGUGGUUUCUGUGCAGCUGUGUUGCUCUUUGAGUACCAUCUGUCUUCAUUGCAUGGAGUUUGCACAUCUACUAGCAGUAGUACGGUAACUGAGCUCCAAACCUGCAGCGAUUUCCUUAACUUAGAAGAGUUUUCAGUCAAAUCAGCGCUCCAAAAGGUUUAUUUACUUCUCUGCUUUCUUUAAAUACAAGAUUAUGACUUAACAAGGGAGAAAAGUGGUUAAAAACUACACUACACUACACAAUGAAGGUGAAUUUUUUCAUUGUGUAGGUCUUGCACAAUUUGUAACAGUGGAAGCUGCGCACACUUGUGGUUAUGGCAGUGUGUUGCAGCACUUUAUGUAUAACCAUUGCUAUAUAGUAGGGGUGUCCAAACUAUGGCCUGGUGGCCAAAUGCGGCCUGCAGUCAAAUUUUGAUUGGCCUGCAGCAAAUUCUAGAAAUAAAAUGAAAUAUGGCCCACAUUUCCUUGACUGUACUGUACUUCAUAGUUUCAGCACAAGAUAGUGCUACCAUGCUAACUCUGUAAACAAACAUCUUUACAAGAAGAAUUAAUUGUUUUUUUUUUUUGUGUGACUAAAUUAAGACAACUCUGUACAAGGUAAACAUAUUAGCAACCAAAAUAAGAAUAAUAUCUUGUUUACUAACUCCCUGAUAGGUUACAGCAGCAAAUAGCAGUACCAUUAAUGUUACGGGGGGCAGAGCCAGUGGUAGCUACGGUUAUAAAGGGCCCCCUGAAAUCUCAUUGGCAUCCAAAAACCUGGAAAUUAUUGACUAUUUGCAUUGUUAGCCAUUAGACCCUCCACCUCAGCUCCCCCUUUAUUCUGCUUCUAACUUAACUAAUGUCAUAUACCUUGCCUUACAGAUAAUAAAGCAGCCCCGACAUCCUUAUGUAUUUCUGUACGUGGGGCCUCAGUGGAAAAAGUUUGGACACCCCUGGUAUAUAGAUACGACCGACUUUUGAGAUCAGAAAAAUUGGUAGAGAAAUGUGUCUUGUUCACCAGAUCUUACAGGUGUUAAUAGUUAAUGUUUCUAGUGAGUUAGAGCUCUUUUAUCCACCAAUUCACUGAUGAUUUAAUACCUGUAUGCUCUUCAUUAUUUCCCUAGUAACUAAAAAAAUAGCUGGUUACCUAGUCUUAGAGUCAUUGACUAUUGAGUUACCAUUAAGUGCCCAAUACAUUUAAUCACUAUUUAAUCACUCACUAUCUACAUGUUAACCAGGGUAAACUAGCAGUUUGUCAGUCACUUUCUGCCUAGUAACUGUCUCAGUUUGGUGCAGGUUAACUGGCAGUUAGUGACUUAAUUGUUUACUGCAUAAUUAGCAGUUAUUCGUUCACUUUAACCUUGCUAAGCCGAUGCAUUGGCUGAAUUCCAUGUCUGUCAUCAGGCUGAUGAUCCAUCUGGCAAAGUCUUGGUCCAACACAUUGAAGGGUGGACCAGGAAAUAGCUACAGGCUGGCUUUAGCUGCACUGCGGGACAGCAAACAAUGGAGACCACUGAAACCUUUAACUCAGACGUGGCUUUAGGAGCAGUUUUAUCAACACUGGACAACAUUUCUUUAUUAAAAGGGGAGUAAAACUGUAAGCUUUACCAACUGGCUUCACUGAUAGUGAGCAGUGAUAGGUGCUGCCUGUCAAGCUCACAUAUGUUAUUUACUCCCAGGGUUUCACAUGCCGACUACAUCAUAUGUUUUGUUGCUCUGAUUGGCCUUUAACGAAUGUGAUGGACAAAACAUUCGUCCAGUCACCCUCUGAGAUUUUUAUUAAAUGUUCUGCCCAUUCUAAACAGACUACAUAUUUGACAUGGAUGUGGAUUAUAUCCCAUGAAAUUAAUUAGUGAAACAGUUACCUAGUAACUAUGUCAGUUUCUGUGUACCUUAAUGCAGUUUUUUUCAUCUCAGUGUUUUUUAGUAAAAAUAAAGCUAAAAAUGACAAAUACACUUAGAAAGCAUGAUUUCUUCAAAUGCAUGUUAUUAUUUUGUCAAUUUUCAGCUGCAUUUACCCGCCAUGGUGUAUCAUGUAAUCUCGUCCAAAGGUUAAUUUGUAGAAUUCAGUUCAUGCCAGAGGAAAACAUAGAAGUAGAAUGAGAUGAAUUCAAAGUAUGGAGCUUCUUUUUUCUCUGCUGUGUUUCAUCUUAUUGUCUAACUGCACACAGCAGAGUCAUUCAUGUAAUAUCUGAACAUCAGAAAAUAGCUGCAGGCAGAUCCUGCUGCUGAGCUGAGCUGCACAUCAGAGCCCUGCUAUCUUUCCUGUUUUUUGUUUUGUUUUGUUUUGUUUUGUUUUUAACAAGGAGAAAUGGUCUGGUUUCAGAAAACAGAUGGGAAGUAGCAAAUUCCUGUGUGCCACUUAAUCAACUAGAAUUCAGAGAAUCAAAAAAAACAGCCAAUUGCACCCUCCUAUUUCGUGUAGAUGAUGUUUUUAAUUGACCAUUUGGACUGUGAAGACUACAGAUUAUUCCUUCAAGGGAGCUGCAUAACAUGGUAUUUUUUAUACAGGGUUAAUAUCACUCUUUUAUGUCAAGGACAGAUCUUUUGCCAUACUCUGUUUUCAUUGCUGUUAAAAAAAAGCCCAUGCUAAGACCAAACUAACAAAGCAUUUAUCCUCCAGACAGUAAUUUUCUACAUUGUUUAAACCUUGUGAUAUUCACAGUGCCAUACAGCUAAAUUACUCUUCCAAAAAGUCCAGAUUUGAUAUCACCUUCAAAGCUGUCCCAUAGAUGUCCUCUACUAACUUUAAACUAGACUUGUUUUAAUGUACAGCAUAAGAUAGUCCCCAACAAAUGCACUAAUUACAAAUGUCUGACUGAAUUCAACCUACAACCAGAAAGUUGUAGGGCAGUCUUUCCCAAACUUAAGCAUGCUGCAGCCUCAUUUCAAGCCUAAAAAUCUUCUUGGGCCUUCAAAACCCUCUCACAACCAUAAAAGUGCUGUAUUUAUAUUUGAUGAAGAAUUUAAAAGCAAAUGCUUAUAUUUCAGAGACUUUAACACUAAUAGGAAAGCAUUCAUGGAGUAACAAAGUAAAGUGAACAAGCCACUACAAUUUACUUUGUUCUGACUUUCUUUUACUAAUAUUCAACUCUUCAGACAGACUUUGUGACUGCAGACUUUCCUAAAAGAUUAGUGUCUCAAAAGGAACUCUUAAUUGGUGGCCAAGUAGAAUGUUUAGCAGAGUGUCAUUGGUUAAUUUAACACCAGUUAAACCAUGACACUGAUUCUAAGGCAUUUUAACAGCAUUUUAUGAUUAUUUUCAAAUGAUAACUCUGGCUGUAAUCAUGCAGUACCUCUGAGGACCACCAGAGGACUGUGGACCAGACUUAAAGAGGUGAGGGCUAUAAGUAGCAUUUUUAAAAAGUUUGUGGGCUUUGACACAUAACACACACGUAUCUCAUUCAUUUAGUGAUAGGUGUGUGCCAGACAACAAACGGAUUGUUUUUUAGCGACUAUAUCUCAAUUUUUCGAGUGAACAAAACGCACUAUGGCUGCGGUCAUUCUAAGUUUACCCCAACACUGUACAGCGGCCUAUAUAUGUUACUUACAUAGAGGUUCUGAUUGAUGUGACUUGCAGCCAACAGCUGAUAGAGACAAACUGAGGCAGCAAAGAGGAGACAAGCAAAAGUUGAAGAAGUAAAGCACAUCAUCACUUUGCUAGUCGUCUCAAUAUGCUCUGCAGUAAUCAAGCACUAUUCUUCUAACUGUGACUCUGCACAGACGUAGAUUUACUCCACAGUGUGAUUAAUUUUCUUUGGUCCGCCAGUAACAUGCUGCUCGGACCAGCACAAGGGGUUGGGCAGGCGUCAGCGCUGAUUCAAACAUGUCGUGAUAGAUCAGCUGUGCUCCGUUUCUUCAUGAGCCCCACAGAAAUGAUACUAAAGUACCCGGAGCGAUAGCUUAAAUCAGGCUGUUUCAUGGCACUUCAUGCAGCCUGUUAAUCUCACAAGACAUUUUUCACUUUGUCGAGAAAUCUUGUGGCUUUUUAGUCUCGUGGCUUCAGAUCUUGUCACACCCCUACUUGUCACGUCUUAAAUUAACGGUCAUCAGACAGGUUUUUACAUACUUUAACACACUAAAGGUGAGGCACAUGAAAGCAGCACAGUCAGCCUUGUAUUUUUCUGAAUGCAGUCCCCACUGGAAAAAAGUUUGGACAUCCCUAGUUUAGACUAUUUAUUGCUGGAUUUGGUAUUUAUUAUCCUUAUUUUUCUAACAUGAACAUCUUUACAGUUUCUAGUAGACCAAAUCAUUAAUCAGUGUAGCUUUUGUAGAAUCUGGCAGGUUUUUUUAUGUCACAUUUUAUCACACAAAAUAGAAAUUAAGACCCAUAGGUAUGCAUGAGCUUCAGUUGUACCAAAUUCAUCUUUGGACAUAUUUACAUUGACCAGCUGUGUGGUAUGAGCCGGUUUAGCUCCACUUUUUUUUUUAAUCUUUUAAGAGCCCUAUUAUAGCCUCAUCUAAAUAACACUAGACAUUGUGAGAUAAAUAGCACUAAAUUAUAUAAAGGCUUUCACCAUCCUCAUCAUUCCCCUGAUUGAGUAAAUCCCACGUUUACACCUCAAAGCUCAGUGUAACUGAGCUGAGCCCUGUCUUUACUGAACCACUAUAAUCAUCAUUCAAACUUCAACUCUCUCAGUGGCACACGAGAUGCUUCUUAUUCUUUUUAUCUCUCGCUCUCUGUCUGCGUUGUUAGUCGUAAUUUAAGUGGUUGCUGUUGCAGCGUGUGUAUUUAUACUCCUCUAGCUGGUUGUUCUUUAAGGAGACUGUCGUGUAAAUGUUCCUUACUGUAGAUGGUUUCAUGUAUAAAGAGUAGAAAAUGGUUGAUGUAAUUUAUAUGAACAAAGAUCUGACAAAUAUUAAAACAUUCUUAACUUUUUAGUUUGAUUCUUUUCUAAUAUGAAUAUGAAUAUAAAUACUGUUUUACACUGGAUGUUUACUGGAUCU